AGUAAACUUAGUUAGCCGCAGCGAUUAAUUAUUUCGGCUGGUUUGGAGUUUUUGGCAUGUAGACCAGUUUUUGAUGGAAAUAAGCCCAGAAUUAAAUUUUGAUUUAAAAACAGAUGCGACAGAUCCUGGUAGUGCUUCGUUCUCUGAUUCUGGCGUGAGCAGCACAUUUUCUUUUAAAACUAAUGCAAGUGCUUCGGUUUCAAUUAUUCCCUCUCCCCCAUUAUCUGGGUUUCCUGGUUGUAUGGAAUCUAAUGGUUCUCCGUCAAUUGACCAGUCAUAUUUAAACUUUCAAAAUAAAACAUACUCAGGAUUUUCAGACAGUAGCAAUCUACCUAUGUCGGCUAAUCAUCAAUAUCCUAUACCUUCCAGACAUUCUUUUCCUCAGGGUUUUUUAUCUAGUCCCCCAUCAGCAUAUUCUGCAAGUUACACAUCUCCACAUGUCUCAAAUUCAUUUUAUCAACGUCAAGUUCCAUCCACACUUUGUUCAGCUCCGAACAGUAAUUUCAAUUUACCACCACAACUUUUCCCUCCAGAAAUGGCACAAACUUCUAUGCCUUUGAACAGAGAUCAACACAACGGUUCAUUAGAAAACCACUUCAUUCAAAAUCGUGACCAUAAUCAGUUUUCGUUUUCAGAUCACUUCCAUAAUUCUGAUUUACGACCUCUUCAUAUCACAACCUCACCUCGUCAGUUGGGACCUCACAAUAGCCAUACUAAUUUCGGUGACGUUACUUGUGCGGAUUCUAUGGGUAAAAUUUCUCCUCAGGACUCACCAAAUGGUGUGCCUGGAAACUGUGAUCAUCCUUCAACAGCUUGUGGAGCUGUAACAUCUGGUCCUGGGUCAAUGGGUAACUGUAGAGCAUCAAGACCUGUGGAACGUGGUUCUGAAGUUUCUGCAGCCGACAGCAAUUCUAACGUUGGGUCCAUUAAAGCUACUUUUACCCCAUGCAAGGUCUGUGGUGACAAAGCUAGUGGUUAUCAUUAUGGUGUGAUUUCUUGCGAGGGCUGUAAAGGUUUCUUUCGUCGAAGUAUUCAAAAGCAAAUCGAGUAUAAAUGUUUAAGAGAUGGAAAGUGUCUUGUGAUACGCCUGAAUCGUAACCGUUGUCAGUAUUGUCGUUUCCGCAAAUGUCUUGCUGCCGGUAUGUCUAAAGACAGUGUACGCUAUGGUCGAAUGCCAAGACGAACACGUGGUCCUGAUUGUGGUAGAGAUGGUCCCGAGGCUAGUAUGGUUAUGCAGCAUAAUUCUGUCCCAAAUUCUAUGCGAAUCGAUGCAACAGGUGGUGGAAAUGGUGCAGCUGGGGGACAUACUUCAGCGUUUCUUCCCCCGCCUUCAGGUAGUUCUGAAAUGCCAAGUAAUUCAGUGCCAUCAACUACUGGUCGUUAUGGAAUUUGUAGUCGGCCGUCAAAUGAUCAUCUUGGGCUAUAUGAGACUAUACUUACAAUAAGUCAAGCUUAUCAAAACUUCUCUCCGUAUACUGAUGAAAAAAUUAAACUGAUGAGAUGCAGACCGAUUACUCUGUCCAAUGUUACACGUGAAUUUUGGCCUGAAAAAGUCGAUGAACAUCGUUUACGUAUGCAUGAAGAACUUAGCCAACUGUUGGCACCUUGUAUACAACAGGUUGUUGAACUAGCCAAACGUAUUCCUGAGUUUAGUUCACUCGGGCAACCAGAUCAAUUGGUGUUAAUUAAAGCAGCAUUUUUCGAAGUAUGGCUUGUACAAGCUUCACGUUUGAUAUCAACACAUGAUCGUAAAAUAACACUGGCUGAUGGAAAACAAAUUACUAAACAAGAAUUGGAUUUUGUUUAUUCUCCGAGUGUUGUAUGUUCAAUAUUUUCAUUUUCGGAGAAUUUCAAUGCAUUAAUGUUGAACGAUACAGAGAUAGCAUUGUGUUGCGCCGCUGUAAUCACUAAGCCAAAUCGCUAUGGUUUAAUGGAGCCAAACAAAGUAGCCGUCAUGCAGGAUCAUCAUUUAGCUGCUCUUCGUAUGCAAUUAGAACGUAACAGAUCAAGAGAACCAGCUCUUUUUGGACAAGUACGUAAUGUAAUCAGUCAAGUUGCUACAGUUGGUGAUGAAGUGCAACUGUGCAUGCGUUGGUAUCGAGAGAACUGGUAUCGUACACGUUUAGCGCCAUUAUAUGCUGAAACUUAUGAUAUUCCACAUGAAGAAACAUCUACUCCAGCUAUGCCUCCACAAGCUGCAGCUACUGGUGCUCAACAUGCAGGAAAUUCAUAUUCUGUGUGUCCAGAUCUUGUGUCUGUUUGCCCACAACCUGUACCAUACGGUGAAGUUACAAAUUCCAGCAUCAAUUAUGCUUCCUCUUCUUCUUCUUCUUCUUCAGCAGUACCCGUCCCUCAGGCUGUUCACCAUCACUAUCCAAACCAGCCAAUUAACAAUAGGCCAGACUUACCUAUUAUGGUACCUGGUUCAAUUAAUGAAAAUAUGACUUAUGCUAGUAAUGAUAGAAUUCAAGGUGUUGCUGUUGACCAGUGUGCUUCUGACAGUCAAAUGCAUGUUGUCAAUCAUAAACAAAACAUUCAACAUCAAAUUCACCAUCAACAGCAACAACAACAACAGCAUACAACACACUUAACUCCUGAUUCAUCUCAUCUAAGAGGCUCAUAUUCAUCAUCGACAAGUCUAACAUCUAACAAUUCCGACUCAUCUUCAGUCAAUCAGCCACGUGGAUUUACCGGACAAUUUAGUUAUCAUGAUACCGCUAUGAAUUUUAAUCCAUCUAAUUCAAAUACUUAUUCAAAUUCUAGAGAAUGCUCUCCUUCUUCAACACAAACAGUUUCAACUAACUAUUUGGCUGCAUCACCUCAACAACCACAACAACAACAUCAACGGAUUCAAACGCCUAUCUCUGCACUCCAGUCAUCUCCUCAAUUCUCUUGCCCAUCGACGACACUUGCAUCAUCUCAUCAGCGUCAAGUGGUCAGUUCUACAAUCUCUUCAACCGGGAUGACAUCAUUACAAAACCAGUCUGAUCAUCAUAUGAAUAUGAAUGAGUCAGUUGUUAUGUCGGGGAAUAGUCGAAAUUCACGUUCAAACACACCAACAGCAUAUAACAACAAUAAUAAUAAUAAUAACAAUAACGGUAAUACUAGUGCUAUUACCAGUGCCAGUCUUAAUCAUCCAUCUAGUACAAAUGAUGGUUUACAGCCGCCUAUGUGGAUAAAUAUGUCUACGAAUUGUAGUAAUGGGACUAACAAUAGUAACAGUAACAAUAAUGCCAAUAAUGAUCAUAUUGUUGUUAAUUACAAAUCAGAAGUAUCUGCUGAUGAUCUACAUCAACCGAGUCAAUUACACCAGCAACGGACUACAACUACCUCACCAACUUCACAAUCAGAUCUAUUAUCAUCGACUCCGGAUACUAGUCAAAAUGUAAACUCGUUAACAUCACCGAUAAAUGAGAAUAAUUGUGAACAACAACAGGACGCAUAAAUAAAAAAAUACAAUACGUAUAUCUUCUAUUUAUCUAGUAUGGAAUGUUGUAAUCAUUGCUUAAAAUUUCUUACUUCGGAGCUGAUUUUGUGUGAGAUGGAAUUGUUGUUCAUUCGAAGUAGAGGAAAAAACAGGAAAUCAUCGGCCUACUCAUAUAUAUAAUCAAGUGAAUUUUUAUAUUCUCCAAUAUGCAUGUGUAUGCCUUUCCAUGUCUACAAAUUCUCAGGGAAUCCCAACAACCCAUCUAAUCUAUCCAAUCCACCUAUUGUUUGUUUGUUUGUGUUUCUUUUCAAAGUAUAUUUAUGCAUUACAAAAAAACAACAACAACAACAGCAUGGAACUACAUACAAUCACAAUACACUUUCCCGUUUAUCCCACUCACCUGCAGCCCGUCACCAAAUCAAUUGAAAAUCCCUAUUAAAGCAAAGCUUUAUAUACCUCGCCACCCCACCCCAUCCACACAGACACUCACAAAACGUGGUUAACUAACUUCAUCUAAGCCGAUCUAUUACACAAUCAACCAUCAUCUCAGGGAAUAAAGAUAUGUAUUGACUUUUUGUCUUCACUAUUUUUUGGUUUAUUGUCUUCGCUCAGGGAUUAUACUGUGUGAUGAAUUAUCUGAUGACGGAGUAUCACUGUCAUUAUUCUUUCCUCUCCUACGCCCCCGCCCCUACCCUCUAUCUCUCUAUAACUAUAUUACAUAUAUAUUCUCCUCAUCUUCGUUAAUAAUCAUUCAAGACGAUAUUUAAUUAUCGGAAAUCACAACAAUGAUCAUUCUAAAUUCAAUCAAUAAGAAGUAUACACUCUCUAUGUUUAGAAUGGGUUACGGGGGUCUUUCCAAACUGUUUUCAAAGCAUGUGUUGUGCUCUCUCUCAGGGUUCUCAGCCUUCACUUGAUGCUCAGAUGGGCAUAUUAUCUAGUUAACUUGUUAUUACUGUUGUCGCUACAAUCACUAUUACUAUUAUUAUUAUCAUUAUUAUUAUUACUACUUAUUUCCAAAUUCUGGAUAUUUUUUUGACUUGACACAAUUUACUCAGGGAUUCACAUUACUACUAACUGUUUGUUGAGUAGUAUAAAUUAUUAUCAGGAAAUUUUGUAUUUCUAACAAUUAACUAACAUCUGUGUUUGCUUAUGUUAUGUCACUACUACUAUCUCAGGGCAGAUCAAAAAUCUGCAAAACUCAACUCAGGUAUUGUUCAUUUUUUUUCACUCUUUUUUUGUGACUUUUGUUGUUGCUGUUUUUGCUGUUUUGACAAUGACGAGUGCAUUGUUUCAAUUUGUAUUUGUUUAUUUGUGUGUUUUUGUUUUUCUGGUUCUGUUUUGCUUAUUUAUUUUCUCUUGUUCUGCAUAUUUAUUAUUAUUAUUAUUAUCGCUAUGCAUAUAUACAUAUAUAUACAGUUAAUUAUCUAUGACUACUAAAAACGCGGAUAAAGCAAAAUUUCAAUCGUAGUGUUUUGUUUAACCAGUAUAUCUACUUUUUUUUGUAGAAAAGUCAUCGUUUACAAUUAUCGUAUGGUUUUUGAGUUUUUGUUGUUGUUGCCUAUCGUCUACUGAAACCACUAUUCAUCAUGGAAUUUUUCAAGUGACACACACAGUUUAUUCUCUCCCUUUCCCUUUCAAGACUCUAUUUGUCUUUCUAAGUCAUUCUUCACAUACAUACACGCACACACACACGCAGUGUAGUGGUUCGUUCAUUAGGGGGGGGGCUAUUUUGUAGUCAACUAGUUUCUAUGAUAAGUAGUAAAUGGUUACUCAGGAAAUAUGAAAUGACAAUCAAUUCGAAUCCUACUUUUUCUAUUGAUCAGUCUUUGCUUUACAAUGUAUAAUCUAGAAUGCAUGCCUCUUUGUUUCUUUGUUCUCUUCUUCCUAUGUGCUUUCAUCAUUAAUCAAUCAGUCUAUGUUUCAUGUUUUUUUGCUAAUAGUAAUUAUUAUUAUUAUUAUCCUCAAGAGUUAUUCUUCAUAUUGGUUAGUAUCUUCCAAUAUUGUGUCAGUAUCCUAUCUGUCUUUGUCAUUAAGCCUCUGCUAUCAGAUACUGACACUUUAUAUCAAUGUAUAUUUUUCUUGUGGUGGUGGAGAAGUGCGUGCGUGCGUGUGUUUGUGUUUGUCCAUCCCCUUUUAACUACUUUGUAGACACUUCUUAAAUUUCUUUUUUCCUCUUGUUUAUGAACGGACGGCAGCUUUGAUUUCAUUACCCUUUGUCAUUCUCUCCCUCCCUGUCGCUUCCUCCUACUUCUUAAGCAUAUAAUUUCUCAGGGAUCAGUUCAACUCUUGUUCUUUUUUGCAAUAAUUAAAUUAAACUCAGGGAUAAAGAAAGAUUGUUGUGAGGAGGGGAGGAGGAAUAUAUACUUCUCUUCAUUUCUUCUUGUGAUUACACUUUCUCUUUUUUGGCAGAACCAUUCAUAUAUGCAAAACAUCAUUUAAUCUGUACUGAUCACUUCAUUCCAUACAGAAUUUCUUAGCUAUUCUUGUCAGUUCACUUCUUUUUUUGUGUGUGUGUGUGUGUAGAGUGACAGCGUUAACAAACAUUCGGCUAUAAAGGAUAACUAUGGUUACAAACAGCGCAGUAAUUGAUUCAAUCUGUCUAUCUGUCUAUAAAUUCUGCAGCGAAACAUCAAAACCGCACUUGUUUUUUGUUUUGUUUUUUGUAUGCGAUCUGUAUACAAUGGCAUCAGGUGUACAAUGACAUCACGCAUGCCCAGUUUUUCCUCGUUUGGGUUUCUUCUUGCCCUUGUUCUUCUCAUUAUUAUUGUUAUUAUUAUUGGUUAACCUGCUUGAAAAUUCGUAAUUCUGCUUAAAAUUACACUCACGAUUUAUAUUAUUACCAUAAUUAUUAUCAUUAUGAUUAUCAUCACUAUCGCUUAUGUCAUAAUAAGUAAAGUUAUUGUUGUUAAUUACUAUUAUUAUUAAAAUUAUUACCCACUGUGUAUACCUAAGGUAAAUUUUUAUUUUCAUCAGUAUAUAUCUAUUUCAUCAUGUUAUCUACGUUCGCGUGUACUGUGCCGAGCAUCUUUAAGCGCAAAGAACUACACACGCACACACUGAAUCGUGUAAUUUCUCCUCUGACUAUACAUACAUAUUAUUCGAUUGAAUGGGAAUGGAUGUUAGAAGAAGCGAUGAAAUAGGUCUUGCAACACACAUAAAACUCAAUGAAACACAUGCGAAUAAUAAAAACAAAACACAUCUAUUGACUGGGAUCCUAUAUUCUCCUCUGUCUGACAAAUAAUUCUCUUCAUCUAUAUUAUUCUGAUUGCCGAUUUACUCCUGUGUCACCUUCGAUCCCCUUUUUUUCCUGUUUGUGUGUCACUUUUGUCAUCCAUCGCAUACGAAAAAAAGAAAUCAUGCAAUCAUGAAUUCACUACAAUCCAGUAGUUAAUUAAUUAAUUCAUUAAUUCAUUCAUAAAAAGCAACCGACGGUGUCAAAUCUUUAUAAAUUUACUAAUCUCAGGGAGUAUUAAUUAAUUCACUCUAACAUUUAUUAAUUAUGUAAUUUCUUGUUUAAUUUUCCCGUCUAUUCUCUUACGACUAUCUACUACUUAUCUUUUCUUUUUCCUCCCUCUUUUUUCUAAAAAGAAAGAGUUAAUGGAGAAAGAACAGGUAAAAUACAAAAAAGACACUUGAGGAUUUAUUUAGUUGAUCCAGCGGACUGGUUUUUUCUCUCCGAUGCGUUCCCUGUUCUUCUUCCUUUUGUCGACAGUCAUUUAAAAAAAAAUACGUAUAUACAGUUUCAAAAAAUCUAACUGAUAAUAAUUGCUUUCAAGUUCAGUCGAUUCUGUUUUUGUUUGUUUGUUUUUUCUUCUCUUUUGUGUAUCGCCUGUUUUUGGUAUCUUCAGGUCAUUAAUUAUAUUGUUCAUUGAUAAAAGUGAUAUCCAUCGUAUAUAUAUAUAUAUAAUACAUGCGUACCUACAUAUAUA